AUGGCACAAGUCGCAGCUUUGCUUACUUACCUCAAGUCAAUGACGCGUAUUCAGACAUUCAGUGCUAUGGUUCUUUUCUUCUCUUUAAUUUUAAUCGUUUUCUACAUGACUGUCCAGGUGGAGACCACCCACAGUUUACGGAGUGUAAGAACACAAUUUUCCAAACAGAAGGGCAUUACCAGGCAUGCUCAUUUACACAAUGUAUCAGUUUCAGCUGGCUUCAGACAGACCAUCCCUGAAAGCAGAGCUUACUGGAACCGUUUACUGUACUCAGCCCUGAUGAAUCUGGACAAGGGAGGAAACCCAUUCAAUCGACAGUCUGACUGGUCUAACUGCAGGCUGACAAAUCAAGAGUUUCUGCAAACCAACGUGCAUGACUUCAACUCGUACCCUGUCCAAUUUCGGGAUUUUCUGGAGGGGAUGAACUGCAGGACUGCCCCAAUUGUGAUUGAUCAGCCCAACAAAUGUGCUUUCAGUAAAAGGGAGAAGGCGAGCCACACCUUGUUGCUUUUUGCCAUCAAGUCAUCUCCCAGAAACUUUGAACAGAGGCAGGCAGUGCGAGAGACGUGGGGCCGAGAGAUGACCUAUCCAAAUGGACUCAAAGUGCGUAUGGUGUUCCUUCUGGGGAGAUCCCCACCACAAGAUCCUGACCUGACCCCACUGCUGUCAUUUGAAGCAAAACACUAUGGGGAUAUCCUGCAGUGGGAUUUCCAUGAAACAUUUCUAAACCUGACGCUCAAAAUGAACAUGUUGCUCGACUGGACAUUGAAAAGCUGUCCUCAUGUCUCCUUUGUCUUUAGUGGGGAUGAUGAUGUAUUUGUCAACACCCCAGCACUGGUCAGGUACAUCGAGUCUCUCGAGGCUUCUAAAGUAUCUAGUUUGUAUGCUGGUCAUGUUAUAAGUGUUGGAAGUCCCCUCAGGGACUCAAAAAGCAAAUACUACAUCCCUAUGACUUUCUACGAUGGCCCAUACCCUCCUUAUGCUGGUGGAGGUGGCUAUCUUAUCUCUGGAGCUUUGCUGGAAUCCCUCUAUUCACUUUUACACAUCAUUCCUUUCUUCCCCAUUGAUGAUGCCUACGUUGGGAUGUGCUUCAUGGCUUUAGGGAUUUCUCCUGAGGCACACUCAGGAUUUCAGACAUUUGAUAUCAGAGCAGAAGAUCGUGAGGAUCUCUGUGCAUAUAAAAACCUUAUUCUGGUUCACCAGAGGUCCCCACAGGAGAUAAAAAAGUUGUGGAAGGGGAUUAACAGCUCCCUGUUGGCUUGUUGA